GCAUCUACCCGUCUUCGAUUUUCCCCGCAUCCAUCCAUGGCACACACAGAACGGGGGGAUAAUUCCAUGUCCCCUACUAGCCCACGGGUUUUGAGCAGCACACCGAGCGCUGACAAGGGACGCAAAGUGCUUCUCUCAUUUGACCAGCUCCCGAGGUGGCAUCAAGAUAACGAGUUCAUCCUUCAUGGCUAUCGCCCGAUCUCAGGCUCAGCCCGGCUUUCGUUCCGUAGUUGGUCAUACAUCCACAAUGAAUCUGUCAACAUAUACUCCCACCUAAUACCAGCCGUCGUCUUUCUACUCGGCGAGUGGUAUAUUAUACAGUAUCUGACAAGUAGAUACUCUCAUAUCACUGGCGUUGAUAUCUUCAUCAUCAGCUUCUUCCUUUUGACUGCUGUCAUCUGCCUAGGACUGUCAACGACAUAUCACACGCUGAUGAACCACUCAUCUGAAGUUGAACAAUUAUGGUUACGAUUUGACCUGGUGGGCAUAGUUGUCCUGACACUAGGGGACUUUGUAUCAGGAAUAUACAUGGUCUUCUGGUGUGAGCCUUUGGAGCGCAAGAUCUACUGGUCUAUGAUUGGAGUUCUCGGGUCACUUACCAUCUUCAUCAUGGUAAAUCCCUAUUUCCAAGGCAAGAAAUUCCGUGUUUUUCGCGCGCUUGCGUUCGUAGGCACUGGCUUAUCUGGCUUUGCACCCUUAAUACAUGGGGUUACGAUGUUCGGCUGGUCACAGAUGAUGAAGCAAUCCGGAAUGCCCUAUUAUCUGGCCGAAGCGGGGUUUCUUUUGUCUGGGGCCUUGAUAUAUGUCACAAAGUUUCCUGAGAGCCGAUUUCCAGGUAAAUUCGAUAUAUACGGCUCCUCUCACCAACUCUUUCACAUUUUUGUAGUCUUUGCCACUGUGGCCCAAUUAAUUGGGAUAUUGGUUGCUUUUGACUAUAAUUACGCUAAUCGAACAUGCUCAUCUCACUGAAUCAUGCACCAAAAGAUGCCGUCAUUAUGUAUUGAGGUUUCGUCUCAUUGGCGCUGCUGAGCUGGUUGUACAGGACAUGAGAUAUUUCCGCGGGUGACUCGCAGACAAUAGAGUAAAUAAAACUUAUAGAGCUAGAAUAGAUUGAUACCAUC